AUGAAGUUCUUAGAAUAUACACCGCUGGAACGAAUUAAUGAAUUCUUAAGUCAUUUAAAUCUCGGAGAACGGAGAAUUAAGGGAUAUCUUGAACCUUACUCCUGUAAACACACUGGAACGGACAAAAAGCUUUCCCUCAGUUUGGAAAAUGAGAUGCUUGAUUAUCUUGGGAAGUCUUCAGAUACAGACUCAUCGUCACCAGCUGAACUUUUAUUGAGCAGAUCCAGCCGAAAGACAUUGAUUUACCUGGUUCUUACGCUCUAUCACGUGUACCCGGAUUAUGACUUCAGUGCUGUGAGAGCUCACCAGUUCUUCACGGAGGAAAGCUGGGAUUCUUUUAAGCAGAUUUUUGAUAGCUACAUGUUUGAAGCAUCAAAGGCAUGGAUCGAGGAAAAUGAGGGUAGUUCCUUGCUGGAAACAUUAUACAAGGCUCUGGAUGAGGUUGUAAAACUAUCGGAAUGUGAAAUCUACAGUUAUGAUCCUGAUUCUGAUGCAGACCCGUUAUUAGAGAAAGGAGCCAUUUGGUCUUUCAAUUUCUUUUUCUACAACAGAAAACUAAAGCGGGUUGUGAGCUUCCGUUUCUGCUGUUUUAGUAACUUGGUUGCUGAAGGAUUUCUCGUGGAUGACUCAAGUUAUGAGGAAGAUGGAGAAAUAUUUGAUGACAUGGACAUGUAA